UUUUUUAAAGUAAACACCACAAACUCAUGUCGGGAAAAGAAAAGGCGAAACUAAUCUACGCCCGUUCUGAUAAAAACCUUUGGGCAUCUAGCCUCGGGGGAUGCCUUGCUUGACCACACCCUCUUCCUUGCUCCUGGCCUGCCCUGCCUCUUCCACCAAUCCAAUUGUUUCUUAUGGACAGAAAAGAGCAGAAGCUCUGAGCUGUCCGAUCAGGUCCAUUGUCUUGUCUACUGGAUAGUAAAGAAAAGGGAAGGGUCAGUUCUGCAACUGAAAUGCGUCUUCCGCAUUUAACCCAAACACAUCCAUGUCUGGUUUGUCAUUGAUAGUUUAUACCCCCAAAAAACUAGUAUACAAAUACAUUUUGGUGAUGCAUUUGUAAGAGUUGAUGUUUUCGCUUUUUGAGAGAGGACACUGGAGCAAGAUAGAAAACUCAAGCAAGCGGAUUGUAGAUUUUCCAAUCUAUUAGGGAAUUUCCCAGAUAUUUGUGUAUCAUGACGUGAUUGUUUUCAAAUAACUUUGAAGGACAUGGGUCUCUACAAGGGAAUUUUGCUCCAAUGUUGUUUGUGACCGAUUGUGAAAGAGAAGUGCGCGUUUAAGUCUAGCUGACGUGAGAGGGAACAAAAUAAAAUUGGUACACAUCCACAGUUUCCAAACUAAUGCCGCGUUCUUGUGCUAGUCGGAACUAGGAAACUCGGAAUUGCCACACUUGCUGUUUCGUUGAACGCGGCACGUGUAUAGCUACAAACAGUUGGCAUGUCGGAAAUGUGCGAGUUUCCUAGUUUUAUAUGAACGCGGCAUCAUACUGUAGAGGCGUGAAUUGUCAGAGCUGUCCCACUGGAUACUGAAUGUAAUUCAACGUCUAUUCCACGUUGGUUGUUGUGGAAACAACGUCAAUUCAAAUCGUAUGCCCAGUGGGGUGGGUCUUUGCAUAAACUAGCUAAAUGGAGAGAAAAAAAUAAAAGUUAGCCAAAGUGUAAUGAUUUUGAUCUAAUAAUUAUUUUGUGACCACUCAAAGUAGGCUACAAUAAAAGCAUCGAGUGAUAAAUAAACCUAUUUGAGUCGGAUAUUCACACUUUGAACUUUCUAAUAUGCUCGGCAGGAAUGAUCAUGUUUACGUUAGCGUAUCCGUCUGCCCAUGCCCGGAAGGGGUCAUUUUUCCGUCUUGUUUCGCUAGGAUAAUGCGGGAAGUGAGUGAUUGACAAUGCAGAUGUUCUGUCCAUGAACUUCAUCUGGUAUGCAUACGUCGGUGAUUCCAGAGAAUCUGACUGGAAUGUCUUAGUUUCUUUAUCAUCUACAGCUGUCAGGCAUGCGGACUAUCUUCUCCGGUCUGUCCAGUAUCCACAUAUCCUUCUCCAAAUCAGAGCAAUUCGUUUCUUAAAGCCAGGGAUAGGCUUCAGUAUGUAAAGAGGUAAGAUGGCCACCCCCUUUGUCCCAGUGCCUGUCCCCAUGGAACGGACCCCGACCUGGCCCAAGAGGACCCCCCCCCUGGGAAUUAUCUCUAGCUCUGGCUGUUCACCUCCUGGAAAGUCCCCCUGGGUGAAGGCCACUGGGUCCUGGGGGGCCACGGUAGCCUGUCCGAGCCUCCCCCAGGCGUGUUCCAGCCCCGAGGGGUACAGGACAUCCAGAAGAGGGGAGCAGGGGUCGGUCCAGGAGGAUGGUACUCCAGGGGACAGUUGGGAGAGGCCCCUCACCCCUACCCUGCUGGGCUAUGAGGUCAUGGAGGAGAGGGCAAAGUUCACAGUGUAUAAAAUCUUGGUGAGAAGGAAUGAGGAAGAGAACUGGGUGAUCUUCAGAAGGUACACAGACUUCGCCAGACUCAACGAUAAGCUAAAGGAGUUAUUUCCCAGGUUCAGACUAGCCCUUCCACCCAAGCGCUGGUUCAAGGAUAACUACGACAUGGAGUUUCUGGAGGAGAGACAGUUAGGCCUACAAGCCUUCCUACAGAACCUCAUAGCACACAGAGAUCUCACCAACAGUGAAGCGGUCAGACAGUUCCUUUGUCUGGAUGACCCGCCAGGCCCCUUUGACAGCCUGGAGGAGAGCAGGGCUUUCUGUGAGACGCUGGAGGAGACCAACCACCGCCUACAGAGGGACCUGUCGGAGAAACAGAGAGAGAUUGACUCUUUGAAAACAGCCCUGGAUGAGAGACAGACCCACAUUGGGAUCCUGGAGAAGAGAGUGAAUGGUAAGUCCCCCAGCCCAGAGGGCCUUACUCCGGAGAGCAGCAGACUAUCAGCCCUAGGCAGUGAGAACAGCUCUGACACAGACACUGCCGCAGACAGACACGGAGAGGCGGACAUAGACACAGACAGGGGAUCAUCCACUGCAUUGGAGGCUGACCAGGAGACAUGUCCUGAAAGAAGAAGCUCAGAAAUCCAAGGGCCACUCAAGGGUCAUGGGGCGUACUGGUCAUCUGCGGCCAUUGAUUGUUCACCAGACGCUUUUAUAAAUUCAACAACUCCAUAGAAUGACGUGGAAUUCUGCAUUUGAUUCUGACCUGAGACCUGGAAAAGUAUAUGAUUCCGAGAUGGACUGAUGAUGAGCUACGAGUGUAUAGAUUUCAUGUACAGAUUCUUGCUUGUAGUGACUGCGUUAAUGGGUGAUUGACGUUUUCAUAUAAGGUGUGUGAGUGUGUGUGUGUGGGG